AUGUCUGAUGCCGCUAUUUACGAUGAAGAACUAAAGAGUCUUGAAGAACAAGUGAGAAAUCUUCUUCGUGCAUUGGACUCGGCAACAAAUACCGAUGUAAAGCUUGAAAAAUACAACAAAGCUCAAGAUUACAUGAAAAGAUUGCACAAAACACAUCAUCAGUUUAAGGUUGAGGUACGGCUUCUGGAUGGUAAUGAGCAAGAAGUUUACGAAAAACGUAGUCAAAUGCACCUUCGCACCAUUAAUCAAUUAAAAGAAGAACUUCAGUCAAAAAGGAUAGAAAAUAUUUCACUCAGUGCACCUAACCUAAACUCCGGCUGGUCUUCAGGCUUAGAGAAAAAUGAUGGAAAAGAUGAGGCUAGAGCUGCAGCUGCGCGUAUAAAUACCAUUCAAGGUUCUACACUGGAGUCACUAGCCAUGACGGAGCGAUUACUAAAUGAAACAGAGACAGUGGGAACGGGAGCUGCCACAACACUUCGAGUCCAGACGGAACAGAUACAGCGAGUAAAUGACAAUUUGGAUGAACUGGACUCUGAUGUUAAUCGAGCGAAAAAAGAACUUAAUGCUUUUAUUCGACGUAUGAUGACUGACAAGAUUAUAAUUUGUUUCUCAAUCCUCAUAGUGAUUGGUAUUAUCGUUAUCAUUGUACUGAAAGUAGUAAAGAAAAAGUGA